AUGCGCGCAGCUCUCGCUCUAGCAGUCGCAUCGGGCGCAUCUCUCGCCGUCGCUUGUGGCACCGAGAAGGAGUUCCAGCUCAUCCGCAAGAACGCGAUUGCCGCCCGCGCCGCCGCGUCGAGUGCGCUCGCUUCGGCGCCUGCGGGCGCUGCCACGGUCGCGACGGGCCCUGCAGCCGCUGCGCCGACCGUCCAGACCGCGACGAGGACCGACGAGGCGAGCGCGGCCAAGGUCACCAACCCUGCUCAGGAGUGCCAGGUGUACAGCUACCCGCCCGUCGCUGCCUUGCAAGCGCAGAAGGUGUUCCCGCCCAUCUGGCAAAUCGCCAACCUCUCGACCGCCCAACCCCAGGUCGUCUCGCUCUUCAACGCGCUCAAUGGCUCGAUCCCCAAGAUCAACCCCAAGGGCACCCCCACGGGCGACUUCACCGGCGUCAACUACAACGGCGCUGUGGACCCCGACUGCUGGUGGACCUGGAAGCAAUGCCACACGCCCAAGCUCGCAGGCCUUCCUCAGGACAUCUACAUGGUUCCCGAACCGCAGACUUGGGGCUUCACCCUCGAUGACGGACCCAACUGCUCGCACAACGCGUUCUACGAUUUCCUGAACGAGCAGAAGCAGAAGGCCACGAUGUUCUACAUCGGCUCGAACGUCCUCGACUGGCCUCUCGAGGCUCAGCGCGGUCUUGCCGACGGCCACGAGAUCUGCGCCCACACCUGGUCUCACCGCUACAUGACGUCCCUCACGAACGAGCAGGUCUUCGCCGAACUCUACUACUCGAAGAAAGCGAUCAAGGACGUCCUUGGCGUCACCGUCCAGUGCUGGCGACCUCCCUACGGCGACGUCGACGACCGGGUCCGUUAUAUCGCCAACUCGCUCGGCAUGCAGACGCAGAUCUGGAGGGACAACACGUUCGACUACGAGAUCGCGACGCUGCCGCGCUCGCAGAUCGAGGCCAACUACGCCGACAUUAUCAAGGCCGGCCAGAACGGGACUUUCGCGAACAACGGCACCAUCGUCCUCACGCACGAGCUCAACAACGACACCAUGGCGCUCAUGAUGGAGAACUACCCGAAGAUCAAGGCUGCCUUCAAGAACAUCGUCCCCAUCGGCGUUGCGUACAACAACACCCAGCCGUAUGUCGAGAAGGAGUACACCUACCCCAACUUCUCGCAAUACGUCGCCGGCACACUGUCGGUCUCGCUCGCCGCCCCCACCGCGGUCUCAACCGAUGCCUCUCUCUCGAUCCCCCUCUCGUCCGGCGCAUCAGGCUCCAUCUCGGCUACCGUCUCGUACGCCUCGAACACGGCGACGGGCGGAAGCGCCGCGAAUGCUCAGUCGAGCGGGAAGAGCGCGGCGGGAAGGAACGUCGAGGGUGGUGUGCUGGGCGCGGUCAUUGCGGCGGUCGUCGGUGCGGCUGGUGCGGGCGCGAUGGCGGUCCUCGUCUAA